UUAUCGAGAAAUGUCGAAAUUAAUCACAAACUACCUGUUUCGUUAGUAAUGACUACUAGAACUGUUUGCAUUGCCAUCUAACAUUUGCGGGCGGAAACUAAGUUAAGGUCCUAAUAUAUGAUCAGCCUAAGGGUAAUUCUAGCUUAAGAACAAUUGUUCCACCGACAACCGAUUUCGACACGUGAAAUAGGAUAUUGCAAUUCCGAAAACGUCCACACGUAUAUUCGGCUCUUUGCCUUCUCCAACUGUAAGUCUACUAUAGUAGUCCAGUCGAAGAUGAAACAGUAACUUGCUGGAAGCUGAUUAUGGUCCACUUGGAGCGUUCCAAGACAUCAGGAGGAAUCCAAGUGGACCAUAAUCAACCAUAAUCAAGGGUAAAUAAAUGCUGCCAGAACGUUGGCGAAGAAUCAAUCACGAUGAUCACUUGGUUGUCUCACUAAUUUGUUUCCAUUGAAUAUAUUAAAUUAAAACUUCAUUCAGAAAUCGAGCCAAAUGUUUUUACCGACUCAAUAUAUGUUUCGAAAUCAGCUGGUGCUUUAAGCACCUCUGACUAUCGCUGUUCAGUCGAAUUGAAUUUUCUUCGUUAGCUUUAUACAUAUUGUUCUACUCCAACACGCUAAACUGCUGUAAACUCUAUUUUUAUUGUUUAUUAUCGUUCCCUUGCGACUUGUGUACUACGUGUGAUACUGAACACGAGGAAUCCCUCGAGGCGUGUUACACACAAUAUUACAAAGCAUAUUAUCCAGACGACGAUCAAACUCCGCCCUAUGCGAAAACACCGCCUUCGACAUGCGCCGGAGAGUCGUUUACGGUCACAUCGCUUCUUUCCUGUAAUCAGCCGUUUAAUCUGUCCGAGGUGGUAAGAUGUUACGCGUGCGAAGAACCGUGUAAUUCUACCCGCGUUAAAUUCGUCCACGCUCUCCGCGUGAAACAAUUACUCGUCUAACUUCACAAGUUGUCAGAAACAAGAAGACGUUGCCGUGAUGUCCGUAUGGAACAUGAUGCAGAAUGCACCGUUGGACUUGAGCAGGCAUGGGAACGCGUGGAAGACCGGUGUGGUUAACGCUUUUAAGUUUCAACGGCGUCUGCCCUGCCAGAUCUGCGGUAAAAGUUUCGACAGACCGUCUCUGCUAAAAAGACACCUGCGAACACACACCGGGGAGAAACCACACGGUUGUACAGUAUGUGGUAAGAUGUUUAGCACAAGCAGUUCAUUGAAUACUCACAUUAGAAUUCAUACCGGUGAACGUCCUCAUGAAUGCCCGAUGUGUGGAAAGCGCUUUACCGCUUCAUCCAACUUGUAUUACCAUCGCAUGACGCACUCUAAGGAAAAGCCACACAAGUGUGACGAAUGCGGACGUUCCUUUCCAACUCCCGGUGAUCUAAGGGCGCAUGGAUACUCGCACACUGGUAACUGGCCGUUACGUUGUCCCGUCUGCAACAGAGGAUUCUGCAAGUUAGGCGCUCUGCAUCAUCACAUGAAAUCGCAUGGUGAUUAUUCGUAUCGUUGCGGCGUCUACAACCAAAAACUUCCCGUCGUCGGUAAUCUGCGUAUUCACGAACAUCUACACAACUCCCACGUAUCAAAUAACGGUGGUGGAAGCUGCACGAGCAUAGACAGCGGUAUCUCAAGCGUGGAGAUUAUCAGGUUCGAAGGUCUUGACAAUAAUUAUAUGCACUUACCCACCGUAUAUCCGUGGCCCUCGUGGAUGUCGUUGCAAUUUAAAAACUAAUUCAUUGUUGUUUCUCCUUUCAACUAUAUCAUCCAAAGUUUAUUGCAGACUCGUAAAAGCAACUAUUAUAUCUUAUCUGUCCUAACGUAUAUAUGUGGUAAGACAAAAACAGAAUAACAAUAAGUACAUAUAACAAUUAGUAAUAACGUAAAACAAGUAAUAAACGUAAAAUCAUACAAUAUAAAAGAAUCUUGUAGAUAACAAGAAAGUAAGACUUCAUUGUCAACAGUAUAAGUAAAUCACUUAAUUGUUACGCGUUGAAAAAUUGUAAGACAACGGAGAGCCAGGGUUUUAAUGUCGCAACGCGUACUCUGAUAAAUGAUUUAUUUAUGAUAAAUCGUCGUGUGCACUGUAUAUAAAUAACGAAUAAACCUCCGCUAUUUAAACUUUACGAUUGCUGCAAAAUGUUGAACGCAGAGUAAGAUGUUUUGAGGAUCUACGAAAUAAAAUAAGAUUUUAACGAAAUAUGCGUCGAACAAUAGUGAGGGAAGAAAGUGUUUAAUUGACAUACUGACAUUACUAUAAGAUUCCAGAGACAACGUCACUAAGAAACCACUAGUAAAUCGGAUAGGUCUUGUACUACGUUUCAUAAUCAUCAGCAAGUCUUUUCGUUCGCUAAUCGUCAUCAACAUCCAAUCUAUCUUAUACACUUCCUCGCUUAAUCCUGUACUCUGCACAAAGUCCAAAUAAUUAAGUUUUUAGCAAGGAAAAAAAUCUGUAACUCGAGUAACUACGAGUGCAUUUUGUUAUAGUACUCUAUCUUAUGUCUGUGUAGAAUGAGUUGUCAAACAAUUUAGACACAAUGAAGUUGGAGGCUCACCAAACUGUCAAAAUCGUCUCAUUACAUGACGGGCUUGCCCAGUUAUUUUAUUACUAAUUAUUAUACUUGGCGUCGCGACGCUACUGCGUCGCUUGAUCAUUAUUAAUUAUUAUCAGUAUUUUAUUAUUAUUCAGUAUGUUCUUAAUUAUAUUAUUAAUUAUAUUAUUUUUGCAUAAGUCCGUUGAUAAUGGCUCUCAGUUUUGACAAUUUGAUGAGCAUACAACUUCGUUAUGUCCAGACUGUUUAUAUUUACGAAAUAUUAAUUGAAAACGUUCAAGAAACACAACCGACAAAACUUGAGAGCUUAUAUAAAUCGUUCAAGAGAUAUACGUAAAACUGAUAUUUCAAAUUGUUGAUUUAACGUUUCUUAUUCGAGGCAUAUACUAUCUCCAUAAAUGAAAAACUGCGACUGCUACCUUUAGUAUAACUUCGUUUCCGGCCCAGCAGUAGAUGAAAAUCUGUAUGAACAUGCAACAUGUAUAGACAGCCAAGUUCGCAAAAUCGGCAAUCGUUAUAUGAGAAGACAGGUAGUAUACGGUUGAGCAUAAUAUUAAUAUACUACCGAGAAACUGGACAAAGAACACUUGGCUGAAUAUCUCGUUGACCAUUUUGGCGUAUCUAUAAAUAUUUGCGUGUCACGUCUCACAAUUUGCGAAAGAAGACAUCAUAUUGUCAUCGUCUCUAUUCGAAAGAAGAGCGAAAUUGUACCUUACAUACGCUUUAUCAAUCGCUUGACUAACCUGAUUAUGCACAGAUGAUGAUAAAUAUGUUUCGACAAUCGAUUCGUUUUAUUGAACGUGUCCUUCGACAGACUUUUGCGACCUUCUUCCGUCUCGCUCGACUGUGUCAUCUUGUAGAGGCGGUACGUCAAGAUUUCAAGUUGCGCGCACGUUUGUAAGCAAAAUCAAAAUACCAGGGUUUCCGCGGCGACGCUCACGUAUGUACCAAAAACCAGGCCAAACAUCUCUUGAAGGGACGUAAGCAGGAAUAAGAAGGGCGAGGUGUAAUCGUAGGGCACCCAUCCUCUGUAAGGUAGCUCGCCUUGUAAAACGGCGAAUACCUCUCCUAUCGUGGCACCCGUGGCAGAGAACGACGCCAGUAGUAUGUAAAUCACGGAACACGAUCUGCACAAAGUUGAAAGUAACACAGGUUUGUAUGUGUAAAUAUAUGAUCGAACAUCACAUCGACAGUCGGACGUAACUAACUUGAUCAAACGAUCGUAUCUUGUCUGAAUAGCUAACUCCUCUUCAUUGCAGGCCUUGCAAGGUUCUUCUUGGAGUAUUUUUAUCAAGUUGAUGAUUUGUUCGCGAUGCAUCACGACAGUAGUGGCUUUACAUGUCGAACCAACGGCGGAAAAGAACAUUAUAUUCGUCGUGGCGAAGUCGUCCAUGUUAUCGAUAACCAAGAUCAUAUCCAUGAACUGAGUCAGCACUGAGAAAAUCAACAAAUAGAUCGUAAUGAUGGUGAACAUGCUAUACAGUAGCUUGGAGCAAUUAAACGACCAUUUGAUCGGACGCCACACACCGCUUAUGGUAAAGAUUAAAAAAUUGAGGGAGAGUAUCUUCAUUUAUGCAAUUGUUGCUAUAAUGAAAAAAAGGAAGAUUAGAAGAAAAAGAUAUGUUCUCCCGUUUUCCCUCUCUUUCUCUUUUUUCUUUCUAUUUCAAAAACUUUCCAUAAAAACAGUCCCAUGUACAAGCACUUUGCGAUUAUAACGUCUACUGCGAUUAUAAAGAUCCACAAUCCGUGCAACUUCUAUUUACGCGCGUAUAUUCCGUAUAAUCGAAGAAAGUGACUAAUACAGAGUCAAAGUGCAUGCGACGAAGGUCCGUAAGAUACUACGGUUGACUGCGUUUUGCACCCCCAACUUUGUGUCCCCAUACGGCUUAAAGUUAAUGACUGAUUAAUAAGUUAAUCGAACGAUUGUCUCUUACGGCGCGAUGUCUCUUCAUACUUUCCGGUAUGGAAAUGUCGUAAUUGCGAACCGUGCGGUUGUUUGACGGAAUUGAGGAAGAUUAUCCGACAUAUUCCAACAUAUUGUCGCGUUCCCAGGAAAUCGCACAUGUUUUCAUCGGAACGUUUAUUCCGAAGCUUCGACAAUUCUAAUCCUAAGACGUGACGCGUUCUACGACACAGUUACUUGUCGUAACAGGGAAACGUAAUUUUUAAUUUUAUUCCAAGUAUUUUACAAUACGAUACGAUAUAAACUUAUAUGGAUAAUAAUACAGUGAAAUCGCUUACAUAAUAAUGUAAUUGUAAUAAAUCUUUUAUUGAACUUUAUUCGAA